AAGAAUGAGUUAAUUGUUGAGAAAUGGAUGACCAGGGUUGUCCUCGUUGCAAAACAACGAAAUAUAGAAACCCGUCCUUAAAACUCCUUGUCAACGUUUGUGGACAUUCCCUAUGUGAAACUUGUGUAGAAGCUUUAUUUGUCAAAGGUUCAGGAUCCUGUCCAGAAUGUGGAACGGCCUUGAGGAAAAUUAAUUUUAGAGUUCAAUUAUUUGAAGAUCCAUCUACAGAAAAGGAAAUAGAGAUUAGGAAAAAGAUUUUAAAAGACUAUAAUAAAAAAGAAGAGGAUUUUGAUACUUUGGAGGAAUACAAUGAUUAUAUAGAAAGGAUAGAAACAAUAAUUUACAAUAUUGUGAACAAUAUUGAUGUUGAUGACACAAAACAGAUGAUUGAAAAGUACAAGAGGGAUAAUAAAGAUCAAAUCAGUAAAGCAAGGAAUAAAAAGAGCAAGGAUGAAGAAUACUUGGAGAACUUAAUUGAACAAGAAAAAGAGGAAAAUGUACGCAAGAGGAAGCUAAUUGUAGAGGAAGAACAAUGGGAGAAAGACUCCAAGAAGAGACACAGGGAGGCACUGCUGGAUGAACUGAUGUUUUCAGACAGAUCUGCCAAGGAUAUCCUAACAGAACACAAAACAGACAUAGACAAAGAGAAUGAAAUCCAUGCUUCUGUGAUUGCCAAAACAGAGUUCUCCACUGGAAUCAAAUUGGGAUCCCAGGGGCCAUUUAUGUCAGUACCUCUAGAGACUGCUGAGUUGUACAGCUACUGCCCUAUACAUCUGGAUGUUCUGGGACCAGAGCCCCCAGAGGAAGAAGAACUAGACACAAAAGGGUACCUGAACAAUGUACGGAAUGCCUCGGAACAAGAGAAGGCUGGAGGUUUUGAUUCGAAGCUGUCAUGCAUGCGAGCUCUACUGGAUGCUGUGAAUGGACUGUUCUAUCUCCCUGUCCAAGUCCAAUGACCUCCAGUCGACAUCUCCGAAAUAGUGCUCUAAAUGUCAGCGACAUGCAUUUUGCUAGCUCUCAGGGAAACUGAUGGAAGACAUCAAGAAAAUUCGCGAUGCUUCAAGUGUUUAGCUAUUUGAUGAAGCAUGAGAAAUCACGAUUGUUGAAAAUCCAGAUUUGGUUGAUAAAACUAGCAAUUCAACACCUCAGUGCACACCGUGUUGAAUGAAAAUUGAUUUUCAACAUUGCCAAUUGCUAUUCAAAAAUAGCAGUUUUGUUUACAAGUUUCUGACUUUCAGAAAAGAUAUUAAAUGUUCAAUCAUGUUGUUAUUUGAAUGUCUGCAGAAUAGUGGUAAAUUUUUCAUAUUUUGUAGCAAUAACUGUACUCUACGGAUAUUAAAAUUGUCACUAUUAA